UGCAAAUCAAGGACUAUUUGUAGAUCACCCGCUGUGCGUUUGCAGAUAUUAUUGAGACAAAUUUAAACCCAUAACAUCAUUGGAGUUAUGCUGCCUCUGAGCUUCUUAAAUCCAUCAAAUUAGGAGCCUACUUUUACACACCCUCGUUAUCGUAUUCCUAUGGAGUGCACUGGCAUUUGACAUACAGACACCAAAGACUCUGGCAGCAUUGCAGAUCAACUGCCUCUCACAUCGGAACUCGCUCGCUGUCUCAUUCUGUCUCUUCCUCUCAUCCCGUCCUGUCUCCCUCAUAGACCUCAAACAGAUCCUGCAUUCACAUUGUACACAUGGACACGUUUGGUUCUUCUGUUCAUUUACUCUGGACAGACCUCUGAGUUCCCUGCCCAUGCAUUCACAGAGCAGGACUGACUACAGUUCAUGGCGAGUGAUGCACGCUGCAAACAGUGUGUGCGUGUAGUGUGAGCGAGAGUUAUCGGUGUGUGUGUGUGUGCGCUCGAGUGUGUGUCUGGAGAGAGAGAGAGACACAGACCGAGCCCCUAACACGGAGCAUGCCUCUGCGUCCGGCAGCCGGCAAACAUGAGCCACCCAGCCCUCCACGGCAGGACCAGCAGCAGCAGCAGCAGCACACACACACACACUCACACACACUCACACACCCUUACACACACACAGCAAACGGCAGCCAGGGGGCCAGCACUGACAGCGGCAGCUCCCGGGAAGAGGACAGCGGCGUUCCCAUUCCUGUCGGUGUUCCGGCUUUCCGUCCCGGUGCAGAGCGGAGCCACAGUGCAAGAGCACCCAUGGAGGAGCCGACAGGCAACACCGUAGUCAUCCGCAUUGGAAUCCCAGACCUACAACAGACGAAAUGUAUGAAAUUCAAUGUGGAUGCUCCUAUCUGGCGGUCCAAGCAGCGGAUCCUAUGUAAUCUGAACCAGAGCCUGAAGGAUGUACUUAACUACGGCCUAUUCCAGCCGGCCUAUAACGGCAAGGCUGGCAAGUUUCUGGAUGAGGAGAGACAGCUAAGGGAAUACCCCUUCCCAUCCAUCGCUCCUGUACCUUACCUGGAGUUCCGCUAUAAAAGACGUGUCUACACCCAGACUCACCUGGAUGAAAAGCAGCUGUCUAAGCUCCACACCAAGGCAAACCUGAAGAAGUUUAUGGAGUAUGUGCAGCAAAGGAACAUUGAAAAGGUCUCAAGGUUCCUGGAAAAAGGCCUGGACCCCAACUUCCAUGAUCCAGACACAGGAGAAUGUCCUCUAACGCUGGCAGCACAGCUGGAAGGAUGUGCAGAGCUCAUCAAGGUGCUCAAGAGUGGAGGGGCGCAUCUGGACUUCAGAACAAAAGAUGGCAUUACUGCCCUACACAAGGCCGUGCGCAGCAAGAACCAUACAGCGCUGAUAACGCUGUUGGACUUGGGUGCAUCACCUGACUAUAAAGACAGUAGGGGGCUGACUCCUCUGUACCACAGCUCGAUGGUAGGAGGAGACCCCUACUGCUGUGAGCUGCUGCUGCAUGAUCAUGCACAGGUCGGCUGUGUGGAUGAGAAUGGCUGGCAGGAGAUACACCAGGCUUGCCGCUAUGGCCACGUCCAGCACCUGGAACACCUGCUGUUCUACGGAGCUGACAUGAGCGCCCAGAAUGCAUCUGGAAACACCGCCCUGCAUGUGUGUGCUCUCUACAACCAGGAUAGCUGUGCACGAGUUAUCCUGUUCCGGGGGGCCAAUAAAGAGAUAAAGAACUACAACAGCCAGACUGCCUUUCAGGUAGCUAUAAUAGCAGGAAACUUUGAUCUGGCUGAAAUCAUAAAGGUCCACAAAGCAUCAGAUGUUGUGCCUUUCAGGGAGACCCCCUCCUACACCAACCGUCGACGUGUGACGACUGGCCCCCUGCCCUCGCCACGUUCCUUGCUCCGCUCUGCGAGUGACAACAACCUGAACGGGGACCAUGAUCACCUCCACGGUCAGGCCCCCAGAGAAAUUCGUGGCCGUCAGGGUCACUCCCCUGUCCCCUCACUGCGCAGCCUGCCAGCUCUUGGGCAGCAGCACAGCAGCCUUGGAGAGAGCCGUCAUGGAGAGAUCCCUGACAGCAGUCUCCAGAGCACAGGCAGCUCCAGGUCCUCCCAUUCCCGCUCGCCUUCACUACAUCACAUGCACGAAGAUGACAGGCCAGUACCCAGAAGGUCCCACAGCCACGGCUAUCCUCAUGGACAUGGCCAUCGUGGAAGACUCAGCCCUGGCUCAGUGCAGCGAGACCCAAGCCCCCCUCAUCACACGCCUCCAGCAUUGACGGGCCCCCGCGGGCCCAAACGGAAACUCUACAGUGCUGUCCCGGGACGUACCUUCAUCGUGGUCAAGCCCUACACACCACAGGGGGAGGGAGAGAUCCAACUCAACCGUGGAGAGAGAGUCAAAGUGCUGAGUAUAGGGGAAGGAGGUUUCUGGGAAGGCACGGUCAAAGGGAGGACAGGCUGGUUCCCAGCAGACUAUGUGGAAGAAGUUCAGAUGAGGCAAUAUGACCCACGGCUAGAGACUCGGGAGGACCGCACUAAGAGACUGUUCAGACACUACACUGUGGGAUCCUACGACAACUUCACCUCAUACAGUGACUAUAUCAUAGAGGAGAAAAAUGCUGUUUUACAGAAGAAAGAAAAUGAGGGGUUUGGCUUUGUCCUGCGGGGAGCCAAAGCUGAGACGCCCAUUGAAGAGUUCACCCCCACUCCAGCAUUCCCCGCCCUUCAGUACCUGGAGUCUGUGGACGUGGAGGGAGUGGCCUGGAGGGCUGGUCUAAGGACAGGAGACUUCCUCAUUGAGGUAAACGGGGUGAAUGUAGUGAAGGUGGGCCAUAAGCAGGUGGUGUCCUUGAUCCGGCAAGGGGGCAACAGGCUGCUGAUGAAGGUGGUGUCCGUCACACGCAAACCUGAGUCCGAGGAAGUUGUCCGCAAAAAAGCUCCCCCACCACCUAAGAGAGCUCCCAGCACCACCUUGACACUGCGCUCCAAGUCCAUGACCGCUGAGCUGGAAGAACUGGCUUCUGCUCGGAGGAGAAGAGGAGAGAGACUAGAUGAAAUGUUGGCAUCCCAGGAGUCUAUGUUGCGUUCUCAGCCCUCGGAGGCAGAUUACAGAGCAGCUACUGUCAAACAAAGGCCUACCAGCAGGAGAAUAACACCAGCAGAGAUCAGUUCACUGUUUGAAAGACAAGGGAUGACUCUACAUGGAGGUCUUCACCCAGGCAUUGAGAGAGGUCACAUACCACUACCAAAGGGGAUGUCCAGGACCAAGUCUUUUGGUGCCACUGAGGAGGAUCGUCUGUCUGCCCUUGCAGGCGAGCACAGAUUUCCCCGCAGUUCCUCUAUGACAGACAGCCUCAGAGACCACUCACAGCCCCAUCCCAUCCCUCCACCUCCACAAACAGCACCUCCUCCUCCUCCCUACUACCUAGACACUGGUCCUCCCCCAGCCUUCUGUCCCCCUCCUCCCCCAUCUAGGACCCAAAGUCAGGGCCAUGAGCCUGGUGGACGCUCCAGCUUCAAGCCCUCCUCGUUGGACCUGCCUUAUGAGGCUGCUCAUCGGCAGGCCACACACCUAGAGAGACAGAAGAAAGCUCGCUCCAUGAUCAUCCUCCAGGACUCUUCCCAUCUACCUGUAGAACCUACAGAAAUUCCCCGUCCUUCCGCUGCUACUCCACCCGAGCGAAUCAAAAGGAAGGGUCGGGUUAUUGACAACCCUUAUGCUAAUGUGGGUCAAUUUAGCAUUGGACUGUACACACCCACCAAGCCCCAGAGGAAGAAAAGUCCCCUGGUGAAACAACUACAGGUGGAAGAUGCACAAGAAAAAGCUAGUUUGGCCUUAGCUGCUGCCCACUCCCGAGAGAGCUCACCCUCAGGACGACAUCCAUAUUCGCAUGGACACACACACACCAGCCGUGCAGACUACUACCAGCAGCAGCUGAUGGCUGAGCGAGAGCGUAUACGUGCCCAGGGAGAGAUGAUGUUUCAGGGUAAGGGCCCCUUCGCCGCUGCAAUAGCUGGAGCAGUAAAAGAUCGUGAGCGUCGCCUAGAAGAACGGAGGAAAUCCACUGUCUUCCUUUCUGUUGGGACCAUGGAGGGGGCAUCUACUACCAGCUCUGACUCCCCCUCUCUGACUCAGUCUCACUCCAUCGAUGAACGGAUGCUCACUCGAGAGCUGGGACAGCUGCCUCCCCCUGCCUUGGCUCUGAGCCCCUCCCCUAGUGGGACUACCUUUAUCCAUCCACUCACAGGAAAGCCCCUGGACCCUAACUCUCCACUGGCUCUUGCGCUGGCCGCAAGGGAGAGAGCACUGACCUCCCAGAGCCAAUCCCCAACUGGCAGCCCAGAGCCUAGGACUAAACAGGAACGGGUAGGCCAGAGCGUAAUGUUCAUUGACCCUCAGACCAAAGAGUCUCCACAUGGGGAAGGGGCAUCCGCACCUCCCCCCUUUUCGCCUAAAAGCGCCAAGGCAUCGGGGUACGGAGUUGGAUCCUCCCCGGCAUCUAUUUUAGUUUCGCAGCCCACCAAACCACAGUGGGCCACAUCACAGUCACCUGUAUCAUUCCGGCAGGAGAUGGAGGCCAGAGUAGAGGAGAGGAAGGAGGAGAAGAGACUAGAGGAUAAGAAAAGUAUGUUGAUCAGUAUUAUGGAUACAUCACAGCAGAAAACAGCAGGGCUUAUCAUGGUCCAUGCUACCAGUAACGGUCAGGCUGUUGGGGUGGGUUCAGAACUAGAACCAACACCUGCCCCAAUGUCUACUGAGCCCAGCAAAUCUCCAAGUCCACGGGCUAAAUCCCCCAGUCCUACAGCCUCCCAACCCCAGGCCCAGCUCCAAACUCAACGACCUGCCAGUCCAUCACAAGAGAAGAGUCUGGCUCAGGGAAGCUCUGAGGAGGAUGUGGAUCCAUACACAGUGACCCUGCCCCCUGCAAUGCUGUCCUCCAGUGAUGAGGAAACUCGAGAAGAGCUACGUAAGAUUGGAGUUGUUCCGCCACCAGAUGAGUUUGCUAAUGGGCUACUGGCACAGGCACAGGCAAAGGCCACGCCUGUGUCUCCAACGAAACCUGCCUCCUCUCCCACCACUCCCACAACACCGACAACCCAAACUCCCUCAACCCCAACAACCCCAACUGUGACCCCCACUCAGCCUCCCCAGCCAGCACCUCCACCCAGUGCAGCAGCUGUCUCAGGGAAGCCCUCUGACCCUCUGGAGCCACCACCGGUGGGCGAGUCUGGCUCUGCGGCUGACUCAGGCGUGGAGGAGGCUGACACACGCAGCUCAAGCGACAGAGAGCGAGAUCACCAUCUCGAGACCACCAGCACCGUCUCCACAGUUUCCAGCAUGUCCACAUUGUCCUCAGAGAGCGGCGAGCCUGCUGACACACACACCACGCACACCUCCUAUGCCGACGGGCAGACUUUUGUGCUCGACAAGCCGCCAGUGCCUCCUAAGCCCCGACUCAAGUCCCAGAUAGGAGGCAGUAAAGGCCCCGUCACCUUCAGGGACCCUCUGCUGAAGCAGAGCUCUGACAGCGAGCUGCUAUCACAACAACAGGCUGCUGCCCUUGCUGCUGCUGCAGCUGGAGGAGCUGGGCUGCCCCCAGGUGGUUCAGCCUCAGUGACUGGACUAGCCCCCACCAAGCCACGCUACCUCUUCCAGCGGAGGUCCAAGCUGUGGGGGGACCCAGUGGAGCCUCGUGGGCCAGGGGUGGGGCUAGGAAUUGGGAGUUUGGGCAAUCUUGGUGGGCUGGGACUGGGGCUGGGUGUAGAUGAGGGAGCAAAACCAUCUGUGAUGGGGGAGCUCAGUUCACGACUACAGCAGCUAAAUAAAGACACUAGGUCACUGGGAGAGGAACCACUCGGAGCAUCACUUGAUCCGGGGAGGAAAUCACCUGUGGCAGGUGCCAGACUUUUCAGCAGCUUAGGUGAGCUCCACACCAUUUCUCAGAGAAGUUAUGGCACCACAUACACCAUCCGCCCUGGCAGCCGUUACCCCAUCACCCGACGCACCCCAAGCCCAGGUUCAGGCUCACCUGAUCGGGGCGAUCCCCUUGGACGAUUCUCAGGCUUCGGCCUACCAACCUCACCCACUACACCGCCACAAACCAUCCUCAAAUCCUCGAGCCUCAGCCUACCCCAGGAGCCUAAAGAGGUCCGCUUUGUAAUGAGGAGCUCCAGUGCCCGUUCCCGCUCUCGCUCCCCAUCCCCAUCACCUUCCCAUUCCCCUGGGCUGGGGUCACCACUCUUAGCCCUCCGCCCUUUCCACCAGAAACCCCUCCACCUCUGGAAUAAGUAUGACGUCGGAGACUGGCUGGAGAGCAUCAAUCUGGGGGAGCACAGAGCAGGGUUUCAGGAACAUGAGAUAGAAGGCUCCCACCUCCCAGCUCUAACCAAGGACGACUUUGCAGAGCUGGGAGUGACACGAGUCGGCCACCGCAUGAACAUUGAACGAGCACUAAAAAUGCUGCUAGAGAGCUGACCCCUGCCCUGAGAUAAACAGCAACAGAUGGAGAGAAAGACGAAGAUGGAAUGGGCAAGAUAUAGAGUGGAUUCAAGAGAAACGACCACUCCUCUUUUACUCUGGCUGCUUUUGUGUUCUGCAACACAAAUGUUUACCUGUGUAAACACUUUAUGUUCCCGUUCUAUAUUCUAUAAUACCCUGCACUUGGCACUGCACUGAAGAGGAGGAGUCAACAAGUACGUCCACCUCUACUCAGCCCUUAGUGUCUGCCCACCUCCUUGCCUGCAGCCAAUUAGAUCAGACCUCAAAAUGGGCUCUGGUCGUUCUCUGCUGAGGAGAACCGCAUGAGCUCCAAUUAAAACAUUUGAUUUGUGGAAGCUUCAGUUGUUCCCUUAGUAACACCCACGCGUUCUCUCUCUCUCACUAUUCCCUCUUCUCCUUUCUACCUCUAUCCCUCCAUCUAUCAGGCCUCUGAAGCCUUUAGCAGUUUGAGUAAAGGAGGAGGAGGAACUAUUUUGUUCCAAACAGAAAGCUCAGUUGCCUUUCAAAAUAUUUAUACAGAGAUCAACAAUGAACACAGGACUAUGGACAUAGUGCUGACACAGCUCUGAAAAGGUGUGUCUUCUCUACACCUGCUGUUGUUUUUAAACCGAAGACUUUCGAGCCCAGAGGUGGAGCUCCACUGAGUUAACCAUGGGAGAAAACUCCUCCGCCUUGGUACCCAGACUGUGCUAUCUAUUAUAUUUGGAGAAUGUUUAACCAACACUCGUGGCUUUUUUCAUAAUCAAUUUUUUGGUUUUCCAAAGGGAAUAUUAUAUAUAGGUAUUAUAUAAUAUGAUAUAUAUGUAUCUAAAUAUAGCUUUCAGAAGAAAAGACAAUGUUGCAAAGAGGAAAUGUAAUAAAUUAAUCUGCGCCUGUUUUUGGUUUUUAGUAUAGAAGGCAGAGAGAAAUCUUUAAAUUUAUUCCACCAAUAGUUUACUCAUUUCUACCAAUUAUAUACAUAAAUAUAUAUAUAUAUAUAAAUAUAUAUUUGAAAAUUUAAAAAAAGUAUAUAGAUAUGGAAAUGAAAAUUUUGUCAUAGGUAUACAACUUUCCUUAUGGUCACCCUUUCUUGAACCGUAGCAUGACGAGUUGCAUCAUGUCUUGGACAGAGUUUGAUGUUUGUUUUUAUUUUUAUUUUCUUACGGUCUUCCUUCAUACUAAAGGGCAUCCCGUAAUGUGAGGCUGAGACACCAGUUGACGCCCAUCCCUACUGCUUCAGCUACAGAUCUCACUGAUGUGACUCUGACCCUACUUUAUCCACAACAUCGUUACAUUGAGGACCACCUAAUGAGACAGCUAAUUGGUAAAAAGAGGCUCUUCAUCUUUUGCCUGUUUAUCACUCAGGGAUGGAAGUUUAGGCAACUAGCAUGGAGAGGUUGAUGGCUGUUGUUUUAUUAUAAUCCAUUUCAAUUCUUACCUGUGAGGACAAUUUAACACCACCACAGUCUGAAAAAUGUUAGACCGCUAGUAAAAUUUCCAUCCCUGUGACCCCUGGUGAUGCUUCUCAGACCAGGCUGCACAAGGUCUGGAAACACUGGGACAUUUGUCAUCACCAGUAGAGAGGAAAUGAUCAUGGACAAUACCAGAAAUCUCUUUUUUCCUAUAACCUUUUACCUGGAGUAUAACCAACAAAAACGCUGCUUCAAUGAGCUAGACAUAAAGUCUAAGGCAAUUCUGAAAUGCCACACAGGACAUGUGUCUGUAGUUUAUCAGGCUGUGGGGAUGGGAACGCUUCUGUAAGGUCUUAAAGAAAAUUCAGUAUUUUACAACCUGGCAGUGUCUUGCAACAUCGCUGCUUCCCUCUAUCUCUACGAUUUACUUAGUGAGUAAAAUAUUAUCAUAAACGGUGGCAGCCAGAACUCUAAAAAUAAGACCCAGGUUGUAAAAGAAACAACUGAAUUUUUCCUUUAAUAAUACAAAAUCUGCAAUUGUACUCAUGAGUAGCUUCUGCUGGCAGUGAGAAACAGUGAGUUUUAUUCACGCAACAAAAAGCAUUUUAUCCAUAGCUUUUCUCUAACAGACGGCCAGGUAAUCUUUAUUACCAUGAAAAGAAAAAAACCUCCGUACAUCAGCAGCAUCCAGUCAGAACGCCAAGGAAGUUUCACUUGGUGAGAAGUUGUGAGCAUCUUUUUUUCUUUUCUCUCUUUUAUGCUAGCAGUUUGUAAAAAACGGGUGGUGAAUAUAACGUCGUAUCUGGGUUGUAGGAAUAGCACUCACUGCCUCACUGUGACCUCACUGAUUAUUUUAAUUCUGACUCCAGUGUUACAGUAUGUCCUCAGACUCAUUUUGGACUUUUUCUGUUUAUUGUUCUUUUUCUAUUCUUUUCUUUUUUUCUUUGUUGAUUUGUUACCCUCGGACACUGUGGGUAGAUUUUGUAGCGUGUGGAACAUGAUACUUAAAUCUUUCACUCAUUUGAAUUUUAGAGUGACAGAAAAAAAAGACAGAAAAAAAAGAAUAUCCUGUCCAUUCUAAACGUACUUACACUUGUAAAAAUGAACAAACUACAAAAAUGUUCUUCUUUUUUUUAAAUCACAAGCAAUGUAUAUAUAAUAGAUUUCAUAUAAAUUUUUGAAAAACAAAAAGUAUAUAGAUCUAUAUAUGAAUGUUUGGCAUAUAUGCAUAGUUAACCACCUGUGGAAAAGGUGAGCAGAUUUUAUUCUUUCUAUGAACUCUUGAACUUUUGAACUCUGAACUAUGAACUAGGGGAUGAUUUGCACAAAACAAGGUGACAAGGUGCUAACAUAAAAGCCACCCAUCGUCCAAGCGCAUGCGUGCAUCUGGAUUCCCUGAAUCUCUCUGUGUGGUCGUUCCUAUUCACCAUGCGUGUUUGACUCUGUGUGUGUGUGUGUGUAUGUGUGUGUGCAAAUGCAAUUUGUUUGAGAGACAGUGAGGAUGCAUGUGACAGUGAGAGUGUAUGCUUGAUUGUUAGGGUUUACAUCUAUGGAGCUAGUCCACUAUAGCCUUACUGUAUUACCAUCAGAGAUUCCCGGCAGUGGCUGUGUCACACAAACACGCACACACACAAUACAUGCACACACAAAAAGAAAAAAUGCACACAUACAUUCAUCUUCUAUAGAUUGAACAUCAUUGUUCUGCAUUCUUGUUUUGUACUGACAUCUUUGAAAAGUGGACUUCUCUGCCCAAAGGGAGAGACAGACAGAGAGACAGAUUACCACAGGGUAUUGAACGACGCCAUUGACACAUUUUAUAUUGCAAGACAACUAUAAAUCACCUUGUAACUGUGUAGGUCCAGCUUAUGCAGUGUCACUGUUUUGUACACCCAUUCCCAGAUGGCAUUUGCGCUCCUUACCCUCCACUCUGUCUGGCAGCACUCCUUUUUCCUUUUUCAGACCUUCAGUUUCUGAGUUUUGGAUAUGCUAUAUGGGGUGACCCAGUGAGGAACAAACAACACAAAGGAAAAAUGUGCCAAAAAAUAACUUAACUUUUAACUGUAUAUUUGUCUUUGCUUUAGGACUAUCUUAGUUACAGCAUUCUUGAGCUGUUAGACUCAAUAAUAUGGUGCCAUCUCCUGGAAAUCUUGAGAACUACAGACAUUUGUUAGAUCCUUCUGUAUUUCCUACAGGUGGAAAUACAGUCACUGUUAUUAUUUUGUAAAGAAGCAGGCUAUUGUUUUAUAUAUAUAUAUAUAUAUAUAUAUAUAUAUAUAUAUAUAUAUAUAUAUAUAAAAUAAAAUAGCCUGUGUAUAUCUACCUGUGAGCUUUGCAUUAACAUUUCUAUUUAAAUUUUGAGACAAAGUAUCACACUUGCUUGAUUUUACUGUGAUGAAGGUUAUUAUCCAGCUUGGCUUACUGUUCCCAUAUAAACACAAACACUUUAAGAGGUGAACGUGUACAGUCUGAACUCACACAGGCUGGCCUGGUUAAAAGAAACAAUGCUGUAGUGAAUAACCAGUCAGAUUGUUGUGUAAGUUGACCACAAAUACAGAUGCAAAAUGCAACGUGUAACAGACUUACACAUCAUUA